GGAGCAGGAGCGACGGCGAGGGGCCAAGCUUUUCAAAUGUAAUGAAACUAAUUUAUCAUAACUCAAACUUACAAUUUACAAUCUUCCAAUUUCAACACCAAGACGACGAGAAAAAAAUAGAAUAUAGACCAUAGAAUAUUCGUCGGCAAAUGCAUCGUCAUAGUCACCCACCCACUCGCAUAUUUCGCGCGUCCCUCCACCUUGCAUAAACGACACUUCCAUCAUGUUCUCAAAUCCCCAAUCACGAUGCUCUUCAUUCGCGGCCUCUCCCGAAUGUCCAUUCGGCGCCUCUCCAAGUUAGCCAGCAUCCCAUCACAACCUUCCACGACACCCCGCAUCAGCAACAACAACACAUUAACAUGCAAAAGAAAGUACCACGUCGAGGGCCUUCAGGGCUUAAUGCUUGCGCCAGCAGUGUUUGGCGGCUUGUUCGUUGCGCUUUGGACCUGGAAAUGCUUUAUGCUUGUCAUUUUUCAGAACAAGAUCAUAUUCAUGCCCGGGUUGCCGCCCAAUUCACGAUGGGAGAAGAUUCAAGACUACAUUGGUCGAUGUGCCGGUGUUCAAUGGCGCGAGGAAAGAGUGCGCGCUAGGGACGGUACAGAUCUGGCCUUAUGCGUUGCGGACUUGGACCUUGGUUCUAGUGCAACAUCUGUACAACCGAGUGUUGCAUUUUAUAUCUUGUAUUUCCAGGGGAAUGCUUCAUCGAUCCCUCCACGAUUGCCCGAUCUCUCUUCGGCGCUGUGUAUGCUGAAGCGACGGUCAAUGCAAUGGCACGACGGGAAUAUCCGAUGCACUAUGGUAUGCCUUAGCUACAGAGGUUAUUGGACGUCACGAGGCAGGCCAACCGAAAAAGGUAUUAAUAUGGAUUCUGCCGCGGCCCUGCAUUGGAUUUCUCAAAUGCAUCGCAAUACUUACGGCGGGGAAGAUCGUGAGUCGAGACCAUCGGCAAAGCUUGUGCUCUGGGGUCAAAGUAUUGGCGCGGGAGUAGCUACCAACCUCGCUGCUCAGACUCCAAUGCCAGCGAAUGUACAGCUGGACUCGUUGGUUCUCGAAACCCCCUUCACGUCUAUUCGUGCCAUGCUAGAGGUUCUCUACCCCCAAAGAUGGUUACCUUAUCGGCAUCUUUGGCCGUUUCUACGAAGUCACCUGGACAGCUGGAAGAAUCUAGGAAUUAUAUCCGAAAACUAUGGAUCUAGAAACCCUCCAGAGAUAUUCAUCUUAGAAGCAGCUAAGGAUGAACUCGUUCCCCAUGAACUAAGCCAGAAGCUCUAUGAUAGGUGUCUGGACACUCAAUUGCCUGUGUCUAGAAAAGCAGUAGGUGGGGCAUUUCACAACGACGCCAUGUUUCGAGGUGAAGGUAGAAGAGCUGUCUCCGAUUUCUUGUCACACAGGAUUACUUCCGCGCGUGUCUAAACUUGAUUGGCCCCCUCACUAAUGGUAAUACCACUGUGACCUAUGGUCCAUGGCGUUGGAAUACUCAAUACAAUGGUUCUUUUUUACCCGCGUGUAAGUACCUGUCAAGUAUGUCCGGGACCUCGUCUAUACUAUCUCUUCAUUUUAGGUACCUACUACUCACUAAAA